CCAACAUCUCUUCAUCUCGUUUGCAUUCCUUUGGUCGUUUUGCAAGAGCUGCAAUGGAGGCCCCCAAAUGGUCGUUUCUCGCCGCGGCGAUCGCGGCAGCAUUGCUGCUGUCACCCCUCGCAGUGAUCGGGGAGGAGGAUGGAGCGGCGGCGACGAAGCCGACGGUGGUGAAGAUGGUGAAGGGGAAGAAAGUGUGCAGCAAGGGGUGGGAGUGCAAAGGGCUCUCGGAGUACUGCUGCAACCACACCAUCUCCGACUACUUCCAGGCUUACCAGUUCGAGAACCUCUUCUCCAAGCGGAACUCCCCCGUGGCCCACGCGGCCGGCUUCUGGGACUACCACUCGUUCAUCACGGCGGCCGCGGAGUACCAGCCCCACGGGUUCGGGACCACCGGCGCAAAGCUCACGGGGAUGAAGGAGGUUGCCGCCUUCCUCGGCCACGUCGGGAGCAAAACGUCUUGUGGGUAUGGAGUGGCGACGGGAGGGCCAUUGGCGUGGGGGCUUUGCUACAACAAGGAGAUGAGCCCAAGCCAAUACUACUGCGACGAUUACUUCAAGUACACGUACCCUUGCAGUCCGGGGGCUGCUUACUACGGCCGGGGCGCUAUCCCCAUUUACUGGAACUACAACUACGGAAAAACGGGGGAGGCCCUGAAAGUGGACCUGCUGAACCACCCGGAGUACAUCGAGAACAACGCCACGCUGGCCUUCCAGGCGGCGAUAUGGCGGUGGAUGACGCCGGCCAAGAAGCACCAGCCCUCGGCCCACGACGUGUUUGUCGGCAACUGGAAGCCCACGCGGAACGACACCCUGGCCAAGCGGGUCCCUGGGUUCGGCGCCACCAUGAACCUCCUCUACGGGGAGGAGGUCUGUGGCAAAGGCGACGACGAGCACAUGAACAACAUGAUCUCCCACUACCAGUACUACCUCGACCUGAUGGGCGUCGGCCGUGAGGAGGCCGGGCCGCACGAGGUGGUCAGCUGCGGGGAGCAGGCCACCUUUGACCCGUCGUCAUCGUCAUCAUCAUCCUCGUCCUCGUCCUCGUCUUCCUGAGCUCCGGCAAGCGAUGGUGUUUUGUCAUUGUGUAGAAGUGUACAGGGAAUUAAUCAAGAGUCGGGGGGAGGAAAGAAUAAAUGAUGCAGCGAGAUUUUUGUAAUAGUGCCUCAAGUUUGGUGACCGAUUCGGAAUGUGUAUCCAAAGUUGUGAAUUUCCAAUA